AUGACUCCGUUGGAAGAAGCGUGUGAGGAACAUUUCCGCUACAUGGUUCGCCUUCCGGUACGAAACGGAAUGGUUCAAUUGUUGGGGGAUUCUUUUGCGGUAGUUCAACGUCGAUUCUGGACAAUAGAGCGAAAAUUUGCGGCCAACAGCGAGUCUAAGAGCGAAUACGUGAAGUUCAUAGAGGAGUAUGCAGCACUAGGCCAUAUGGAGUUGAGCCCUCGCGUCGAAAUUCCCCAGCUUAUCUUACCACACCAUGCUACAUUCUGCCUCGAUAGCUCCACCACGAAGACCCGCGUUGUCUUCGACGCCACCUGCAAGAGCAGUUCGUUGGUCGCUGGUCACACGUCACCGAUGAAUUUGGAUUCAAACCCCCCGCUUGCGCCCUCGAACAAGGUCUCCAAAGGAGAGUUUCCGCAAUUCCGCAUUCCGCAAUUAGCAGACCCGAAAAUUCCACGUCGAGUUCUCACGAACGACUUUAAAAGCUACACAUUGCAUUGCUUCUAA